UAAAAAAAAAAAGAGAGAGAGCUUCCACUAGAAAACAGGGAAAAGGGGCGGGGUCUAGUGAUGUGUCAGAACAGUAGGAACCUGCAGAUGAGUGCAGGUGAAGAGGCACAAACAUCAUUUCCACAUGUUUCUGUGGGAGUGAAGAACAUCCACGCACGGUAAGUGUUUCCAGGAUUCAUCGUCCUACUGGAGCUCCAUCUCAGCCUUUGGUCGCUGACAGUUCACCUGGCCGUGCUUCAACUGUAUCCUGGCGCGCACACAGGUGUGAGUUUUGAUCUUUUCUUUAAGAAAAGGUGAAGCUAUUAGAUCUGCUGCCCCCUCCUGAUCGGGCCUCGGGACAGUCAGGCUCAUCAGUAACUGCGCAUGUGUGCAGCUCGUGUGACGUAACACGCUCCGUUCCACGUCAUCACGCACGGAGCUGCGGCGGGGCGGAAAACAGAUGCGAGGCGGGAUCGGAGCGGACCGUGAGCGGCAGGGACGGCUCAAAGGAACUCGGUACCGGCACCGGGAUCCAGCUCAGAUAAGAGCUCAGCCAUGCUUCACGGGGAGGACAGCUGUGCGGCAGUAGAAGAUGGCGGUGAGGAGGACCAGCACCGGCCUCUCAUCCUGGAAAGGAUUGAGAAGGAAACGGGAAGAACCUGGAGAACGGUUUUGUCGCAGCGGCUUAGGAAGCACUGCUCCUGCACGCCAGAGAAGGCCAAAUCCAGAAUCCUCAGCUUCUUCCCGGUUCUCCAGUGGCUGCCGCGCUACAAGCUCAGGGACUGGAUCCUGGGGGACGCAAUGUCAGGAGUGAUUGUUGGAAUCCUAUUGGUUCCCCAGUCCAUAGCCUACUCCUUAUUGGCCAACCAGGAUCCCAUAUACGGCCUGUACACGUCUUUCUUCGCUUCCAUCAUCUACGCCCUCCUGGGCACUUCCAGGCACAUCUCAGUGGGGAUUUUCGGAGUGCUCUGUCUGCUCAUUGGCCAGGUGGUGGACAGGGAGUUGGCCCUGGCGGGAUACCUCCCGGAGAGCAGCCUGAGUGGGAAUGACAGCAGUGUCCCGUUGGCUGGGAAUGACAGUGGCGUGGUGGGAUGUGACCAGAGCUGCUAUGCGAUUGCCGUGGGGGCCACAGUUACCUUUACUGCCGGGAUUUACCAGGUGCUAAUGGGCCUUCUGCAGGUGGGCUUUGUGUCCGUCUACCUGUCGGACUCCCUCCUCAGCGGCUUCGCUACAGGAGCCUCCCUCACCAUCCUGACGUCUCAGAUCAAGUACCUGCUGGGCCUGAAGAUCCCACGUCCUCAGGGCUGGUUCACUCUGUUUAAGACGUGGUAUGGCCUGCUGAGCAAUCUCGGGAACACCAAUGUGUGUGAUCUCAUCACCAGUCUGGUGUGUUUGGCGGUACUCAUACCUACGAAGGAGCUCAAUGACCGCUUCAAGUCCAAGCUGAAGGCUCCGAUCCCAUUCGAGCUCUUUGUGGUGAUAAUUGCCACGCUCGCAUCUCACUUUGGCCAUUUCAACGCCAAAUACGGGUCGGGCGUGGCUGGGGUCAUCCCCACAGGCUUCCUCCCUCCUCAAAUGCCCAUGUGGUCUCUGAUCCCCAAUGUGGCUGUCGACGCCUUUUCCAUUGCCAUCGUGGGAUUUGCUAUCACCGUCUCACUGUCGGAGAUGUUCGCCAAGAAGCACGGCUACACGGUGGACGCCAACCAGGAGAUGUAUGCCAUCGGGUUCUGCAAUAUCCUGCCGUCGUUCUUCCACUGCUUCACCAGCAGUGCCGCGCUGACCAAAACCCUCGUCAAGGAGUCAACCGGGUGCCAGACGCAGCUGUCGGGGCUGAUCAGCGCUCUCCUCCUGCUGCUGGUGCUUCUGGUGAUCGCGCCGCUCUUCUAUUCCCUCCAGAAGUGUGUUCUUGCCGCCAUCAUCGUGGUAAACCUCCGUGGUGCUCUUCGAAAAUUCACCGACAUUCCCUGCAUGUGGCGUGCCAACCGCAUCGAUGCCUUCAUCUGGCUGAUCACCAUGGCAACCUCAGCGCUGGUCAACACAGAGCUGGGGCUCCUUGUGGGGGUUUUGGUGUCGGCUUUCUGUGUCCUGGGCAGAACUCAGCGGGUCCAGGUCCUGGAGCUCGGCCGGGCUAUGACCAGGGAACAUUACGAAGAUCUGGCGUCCUACAAAGGCCUCCAAACCCACCCCGACGUGGCCAUCUUUAGAUACGAAGCGCCAAUCUACUACGCUAACCAGAACCUGUUUAAAAAGUCUCUGUACGGGUGUGUAGGACUUGACCCUGUGAAGGAGAAGAGCCGCUGUGUCAAGUUCCAGAACAGCAAACGACAGGAAGAGGCAGCCGGAGUCCCGACAAGCAACUCUGACGAGAAAGAGGCCGAAGUGCCUCCAGCUGUCACCCUGAUGAUGAACACAGCCUCCCGUCAGUUACGCAGGGUAGUGAUCGACUGCAGCGCUGUCUUGUUCCUGGACACUGCCGGAGUAAAUGCUCUAAAGGAGGUCCGCAAGGAUUACGGAGAGCUGGGGGUGGUGGUGGAGUUGGCUCAGUGCAACACCUCCGUGCUGGACACGCUGGAACGAGGAGGAUACUACAGCAACCAAAAAGGAGGCAACGCAGGAGAGAACCGCACGAUCUUCUUCACUAUCGAAGAUGCCGUCCUCCACGUCCAAAGCCCCAGCACUCCUAACGGAGACUGUGAUAAGUCCUAAAGAGACAACACGUCUAUGUUUACAUGUCUACAGCGUGUGGCUGCACAGAUGUGCCUUUGUAAUGGUUUUCUGAAGUCCUACCUUCACCUCAGGUUUCUACAUCCAGACAGGUGAUGAAUCACCACAGUGUGAACGUCCACGUACCGAUAACUCACUGUAUAACAAGAACCAGCCACCCACAAGGAAAGAAUACCCCGACCCUACCUGACAGCUUGAGUCCGUGUCUAAGGCAGACUCAGCAAGUUUACAUCUGCACAGUACAAGUGCUGCACUCUGUGUACAAGUACGGCACAGUGUAAAAUAUGUAUUUCAUACUGCACCGUGUGAAAUAUGUUUUAUACUGCACUUUGUGAAAUAUGUUUCAUAAUGCACAGUACUGCACAGUGAGUACAAGUACUGCACAGUGUGAAAUUUGUUUCAUACUGCACAGUACAAGUACUACACAGUGUGUACAAGUACUGCACAAUGUGAAAUAUGUUUCAUAAUGCACAGUACUGCACAGUGAGUACAAGUACUGCACAGUGUGAAAUAUGUGUUUCAUACUGUGCAAUGUGUACAAGUACUGCGCAAUGUGAUAUAUGUUUUUUAUACUGCACAGUACAAGUAUUGCACUCUGUGUACAAGUACUGCACAGUGUGAAAUUUGUUUCAUACUGCACAGUACAAGUACUACACAGUGUGUACAAGUACUGCACCAUGUGAAAUGUGUGUUUUAUUCUGCACAGUACAAGUACUGCAAAGUAUAAUAUAUGCGUUUCAUACUGCAC